AUGUUCCUGUUCCUCUUUUUCUACUUUCUGUCCGUGUUUCUGUUAUUGUUUAUGUUGUUGCUGUUCUUUUUCUUCUUUUGUACCUCCACUUAUUCAACAAAAACCUCUUCUCACACAUCUUCCUCGAUUUCUUCAUUCUUCCUCCUCCUCCUCCUAGUCUUUUUUUCUUCGUCUUUUCUACCUCCUCCUACUUUACCUUUUCACCUAACGCCCCUCCACCCACUUCCACUUCAUCGAUCUUUUCUCCCUCCUCUUCAUCCUCAUUCUAAUUCUUCUUCUUCUUUCCUACCUAUUCCUACUCCUCUAUUCAUCCACAGUCUCUUUUUCUACCACAUCAACUUCCUUGAUCUCGUCUUCCCCACCUCUCUCUCCUCGUCUUCAUCUUCUUCUUCUUCUUCUUGCUGUUGUUGUCUUUUUCUUGGUUCUGUCAUUAUUGUUCAUUUUAUUAACUUUUUUUUUAUCUCAUUUGAACUGACACAAGGGCCUGAUUUCUCUUCUUGUAUUUUUAAUGUCUUCUUCUUCUAUUCAUUCGCCAACUAUUCUUACACAUCCGCCUCUUCUCUGACACUGAAUUCCUCUAUCUCAUCUUCCUCUACGCCCGAGACUUCUCCUUUUCUACCUCCUACUACUACUCUUUUUCUCCCACCUCCACUUCCUUAA